AUGGUUCCCGUUUUAUCCUUGGAUAAUGACCCGACAAAAGAGAGUACUGCAACUACUGUUAAACCCGAUGAAGAAUUAAAGUUCCUUCCCUUCAUAAUGCUCAUAAACCAAGAAGAAGACACGAGCGAGUUUUGGCGGGAAACCGAGAUGUUGUCUCUGGUCCGAAACAACGAGAUGGACAUAGAUUAUGAAAGGUGCGAACAGAAUAGUUCACAGAAAUCCAUAGUGCAAUUCCCGAGUCGGCGGAUUGUUAGACCUAUUUGCAGAAGCCUUUAUGAGCUCGAUCAAUCUUGCGUUCAGGAUGAAUACAAUUUUGACUCGGAUGAAUUUCUACCAGUCACUACACUAGAUUUCAGAGCUGGCUGCAACCCUUAUUGGGGUCACCCUGAACAAGAGUACAGGGCACUGCGAUGCGACAAGAUUUUACGAAGAUGUGUUCCCGUCAAUAUACCGCUGUUGCCGAAUGAGACUUUGACCUUUCGUCGAAGUUUUCGAUUUGAUCCACCGAGCGGUGGAAGUGAUUGCCCAGUGCUGUGUACUGGAUACGACUGCCAAGGAGGUCUGCUAAAGGAGGUAGAUUGUACUCCAGGCGCAUUCCUACCAGAUAAGGACCAAUGCAAUUGUUGUGGCCGGUGCAGUGCUUAUCAACAACUAAACCAGAAAUGCGCUGAAUUCAAGAAGACCGUUCAUAUUGUUAAUGGAUCAAAGGAGACAGAGGUGGAAGAAGAAUUUCUGGAACCCGGUUGCGACGACGGUCUGGUCUGCAGACAGGGUUUCUGUCAGGACAUCCACACAGUCCAGAUAUUUGCUGGGCGCAGGAAACGUGAUGAAGGGUUGUUUGAAGCUAAUGAACCAUGCAAACGCGAGAUGAAACAGUUCAAGAAGAAAUAUGGUAAGGACGGCCAUCUUCAUUACAACGCGCCCCAAUGCACUCCACUUUGGUUGUAUGCUCCUGUGCAGUGUCGCCGCUUUGUAUGUUACUGUGCCUUAGAAGACGGGACUUUCAUUGAUGGAAUCAAGGUACCAAGGGUCGAAGUAUCAAAUAUGAAUUGUGACUGUGCUCGUGAAAAAUGCAGGACAGGAUCACAAUUGGAAUGUGACGGAUAUGGUAACUAUAAAGAAGCCGUGUUUACGUCGAGAGCCUACCACUGGGGAGACUAUGAACUAGGAACAUCCAAUCCGGUAACACUGGCAUCCCGACGCACAGGAUAUGAAGCAGCGCUACCCACGGAGGUCAACCUUUGA